UCCCAUUGGGGUGAGGGUGGAGGGUGUGGCCUCAUACCUGAGCUGGCAGGUGAGCUUCUCUGGGAAUCAAAUUCAUACUCUGCAAGGGGCCACAUGCAGCCUGUGGCCUGGGGCAGGCCCCGGCAGAGGGCCUGAACCCACCUGCCCUGCCGUGCCAGCUCCCAGGACCCGCCAGCAUGCUGCUGACCCUGCAGGGCAGCAUGCAGAGGUGCUUCUGGACCCUCCUCCUCCUGACCCUGACUCUGACCCUGCUCCUGCUGGUUUGCCGCCUGCAUGCGGACAUGGAAAUGCUCACACCCCUGCUCGGCGGCCAGACGGAGGGGCCGCCCGUCACCAACAUCAUGUUUCUCAAGACGCACAAGACGGCCAGCAGCACGGUGCUCAACAUCCUCUACCGGUUCGCCGAGGCGCACAACCUGUCGGUGGCGCUGCCGGCCGGCGCGCGCUUCCACCUGGGCUACCCCUGGCUCUUCCUGACGCGCUACGUGGAGGGCGUGAGGCAGGACGGCCCGCAGCGGCACUUCAACAUCAUGUGCAACCACCUGAGGUUUAACCUGCCCGAGGUGCAGAAGGUGAUGCCCAACGACACCCUGUACUUUUCCAUCCUCAGAAACCCCGUCUUCCAGCUGGAGUCCUCCUUCACCUACUACAGGCACUACGCGCCCGCCUUCCGGGCCGCCCCGAGCCUGGACGCCUUCCUGGCGGCCCCGCACGCCUACUACAACGAGACCCUGGACCUGCGCAACGCCUGCGCCCGCAACCACAUGUGGUUCGACCUGGGCUUCGACCCCAACGCGCCGGCCGAGGAGGGCUACGUGCGCGCGCGCCUGGCCGAGGCGGAGCGGCGCUUCCCGCUGGUGCUCAUCGCCGAGCACUUCGACGAGUCCAUGGUGCUGCUGCGGCGCCGGCUGCGCUGGCGGCUGGACGACGUGGUCUCCUUCAAGGUCAACUCGCGCAGCCCGGGCACCGUCACCCGCCUGACGCCCGAGGGCCAGGAGCGCGCCAAGCGCUGGUGCGCCCUGGACUGGCGCCUCUACCGCCACUUCAACCGCACCUUCUGGGCCGCGCUGCGCGCCGAGCUGGGCCCGCGGCGGCUGCGCGCCGAGGUGGAGGGGCUGCGGGCGCGGCGGCGGGAGCUGGCGGCCCUGUGCCUGCAGGACAGCGCGCCCAAGAACAGGACGGAGAUCACCGACCUGCGGCUGCAGCCCUUCCAGUCCGGGCAGGCCGACAUCAUGGGCUACAACCUCAGGCCGGGCUUGGACAACGAGAUGCUGCGCAUGUGCCAGAGGAUGGUCAUGCCCGAGCUCCAGUACAUGGCGCACUUGUACGCCCUGCAGUUCCCCGAAAAGCCGCCCAAGGUCAUCCCCUUCCUGAAGCAGAGCCCCUCCGGGUGAUGCCCGUCCCUGCGCUGUGGUGUGGGGAGCCCUGGGCCGGCCUCAGGCUCGUGGCUGGGCCCCUGGGAUGACAGCCCCCGCCCGCCCCCAGGGUCCAGGGAGGAGGACUUCUGCAGGA